CAAACGGGAGAUAACUUCAGCUGAGUCUGUUACGAUCAGAAAUUAUACGCUGUUCAUAAUUUGAGGACAAAAAGCUUUUGGAAGAAAUCAGGUAUCUCUGUUCCUAUGGAAGCAAUAUACAUUGUUUAGCCCAUUACACAACAUCAAAGACGUAUCGAACAGCCAAUAGAAAUGUUGCAUGAUCUGAUUAACGCAUUUUGUCGUAUGCUUCGUAUGAUUUUUUCUUAUUGUUACAGUAAUAUGGCGGACGGUUCCAUCAUUAAAUGUGGUCCAUGUGACUAUAAAAAUGAGUCGACAAAAGCCAACAAAUGGUGUACGGAAUGCGAAGAAGGUUAUUGCAACGAAUGUGCCAAGGAUCACAAACUUCAUAAAAUACUCCGAGAUCAUCGCGUGAUAUCAAUAGACGAUUAUUCCAAAAUUGCAGACAUUUCUAAAACACAUCAGAAAUGUAACACUCAUGGAGAGAAUUUUGAAUAUUUUAGUCCCUCACAAAAUAAGAUUUUCUGUUUUAAGUGUUUGUCGACGCAGUUUACUUAUCGCAACCAGGAAGACAUAAUAACCAUAAAAGAAGCCUUAAAUAGUUCGAAUAAAAAAGAUUAUGCAUCAAAUCUUGAAAGACAACUGGAUGAUUUGAUCGAAGAAGUUGAGCAACGAGUUAAAUGCCACGAAGACAUUGCUGCUUAUAUUGAUGAUAAGGUUGAUCAAAUAAUUUGGAAGAUAAGAGAAAUACGAAAGAAAGUUGACGAGAAGCUUGAUAAAUUAGAAGCUAGAGCAAUUGAGAACUUAAAUCAUAAUGCACACGUGAAGUCAAUGAAAGAAAAGCAUCAUAUUUUAAAAGAAAGGGCGAAAGAGGCGAGAGAAAUAAAGAGAAACAUAACACUUACUAAAGAGUUUGCCUCUGAUAAAAAUCUCUUCAUUUUCAGUAAUAGAGUGCUUGGACCAGUCAAUCAAAUAAGAAAGGCAGUGAAUCCUAUGUUGAGCGUAGAGCAAACAAACGAUUUACUAUUUAUAAUUUCACCAGAGCUGAUUUCAGUAAUGAAUUCAAAAUCAUUUGGGGAAGUCAGACCUGAUUACCGACCGCUAAAAGAAUAUUGUAAUCAAGAUUUGAAGACGGCAUCUGGAGAAACUGGACCGAUGAUAAAAACAAUUGAAAAAAUAAAAGAUAUACAUUUUGAUUGUGGAAGGAAGAAAAAUCUUAAAAUAACUUGUUGUCGAAUUCUGCCUGAUAAAAGAUUUGUAGUGGCAGUUCUAGACAAUCUCAGGCUUACUGUCCACAAAGAAGACGGUUCUCUUGAAAAGAGUCUUAUUUUGCAAGGGGGUUCUGUCUUUGGCAUCACAGUUAUCGAUAUUCAAAGAAUAGCUGUAUCCCAUGGCAAUCGGACUAUCGAUGUGAUAAAUUUAAUCGAUGAGAAAAAAAGGAGUUUCGACAUAGACAGACAUUGUGAGGUAUACGAUCUUGUUUUUAAUAAUCACAAGAUAUUUUUCGGUAGUUGUUCAGUGUAUACAAAUGAAAUUCUUAUAUCAACCAUGUCAGGUAAAAUAAUGGGAUGCAUUCCGGUACCGAAACAUCAAUCUCCAUCAACAUUCAAAAUGGCUCAACUUGGAGACAAAAUAUACUUUACAUGCAAAGGCAAAACAUGCGAAAAAGUGGUGUGUUGCGAUUUAACAGGUGAUACUCUGUGGAAGUUUGGCAGUAUAAAGGAUAGUUCAAAGUCCCCAAGAAGGCACCAAUCGGAGAUAAAUGUCCCGUUCCGUACAGAUGACAACGAUAGUUUGAAGUUACCGGAUGAACAAAUAUUAGAGUCAGUUUCAACAUUUCAUAGAUAUGAAGAUGAUUAUGAUUCACAUUUCCCUGGUGAGUAUCUGUCGCGAAGGUCUUCACGGGUCCGUGCAUAUGACAAGAAUAGCAUUACGGAAUCUCUUGCGAUAGACAGAUAUGGAAACGUUAUAGUUACGGAUAAAUCUGAUGGUGUACAGGCGGUAUCAUGCGAUGGCAAAGUUAGUAAAGUAAUACAUAAAGAACCGACAACAAUGAUAGAUUAUGACAUGAACUUGAACAUGUUAGUCUUGUUGAACGGUUAUAAAGCGACUCUUUAUAAAAUUAUUUACUGACUUUAAAUUCAACUUUAUAAAACUCUACAAUAAUACU